CGGUUGGCAGCGCCACCGCAAGGCAGCCAAGGAGUCAAAGUUGCGAGCAGCGUGGAGCGUGCCGAGUUUUCCCAAACGGGGAAGUGGAGUGGAGCAGGAGGAGCACCUGCCCCAACCGGGGGGGCCAGGUGUCAAUCACAAAGAACGCAUCAAAAUCGCUGGCAAUCGAACUCAGUAAACAAUUAGCCACAACUCGGCUGGCAUCAAAAUUCAAAGUUUGAGCCUUUUCACAGUUUCGACAGUACUCGAUACAAACUACAGAAAGACACACGUAUUCCCUAGAACGUUUGACAACGCUUUUUUCCCCCCAAAAAACAAAAUACACACCGAAAAGCGAACUUUAAGAGCCAACGAAGGAUACGAUUACAGGAUGUCGGAAGCUGGAGAAAACUCUGAUGAGGAGUACUAUGCAGAGGAGUCAUUCGAGGAGGACUCGCAAUCGGAGGUGGAGGAGCAGGAGGAGGAAGAGGUGGAAGAGGUGGAGGACGAGGAAGAUGAGAACGUUGAACUGGAGAAGCCCAAUCAAAAUGGAGCUCUUCUCUUGGACGAGAGCGACACGCAGAGCGAAAGCGAUGCGGAGGCCGAGUUCAUUCGCGGAAACGUAAGUCCUCCAGCUCCAGUCCAGGAGCUGACCAUUUCCCAGUUCAGCCUUAAUCCCCAAACUGCACCACGCCCACAGCCACACGCCCGUCGCCAAAUGGCCGGCCGAUCCUCCGGCGGUUUCAAUCGCGAUCGAAUGGUCUCCUACCCGAGCUCUUCCUCCGAGGACGAGAGCCAAGUGGUCAUCACCAAGACGGUGGCCGAGGUUAAUCAACUCAGUCUGCGACUGGACACGCCGCUGGAGGAUGAUGCGCCCUCGGUGCGCACUCUGGUGCCAGGCAGUGCCCAUUCCCGGACUAAGGAUGAGGUCGUUGACGAUGACGAGGAUGCUGAAGUCGAAGAAGUCGAGGAAGUCGAAGAGGAGGAGGAAAUCCAAAGCGGCGAUGACGAUGCUCAAAGUGAUGGUACCAUGGAGUCAAACGAUGGUCGUCAAUCAGGCGAAGAAACCGAUGAGGAUGAGGAUGAGGGCACGGAUGUGGAGGUGGAGCAACUGGAGGAGGAUGAGCCCAUUGUCACGGCUAUGUGUAGAGAGAAGGUUCAGGAGAAGAUCCCGCUGCCGCUGCAGGAGGACAUUGUCUCCCUGGUGGAUGCCAGUGAUAACAGCAGCGAGCACAGUGUGGCCACCAUGUGCAUGGCUGGAGAAGACACAGACGUCACUUUGGAGGAAUCUCCUCGAUUCCAAAAGCAGCAACCUGGAAGAGAAGCAGUGAUAGAAGAGGAGGAACCUGAGGAGGACGUGCUGGAGGACCACUUAAAUAAUCUCAGUGAACUUCUAAAUAAUGAGAGUCCCUCACCAACUCAACAACCAGAUCUAGCGAGAGUCCGGUACCUGGAGCAACAGAUGACCCAGAUGUCGGAGAUCAUUAUGAAGUCCUUUCAAAUAAAUGGAGGAACACCUAACAGCCAAGCCUUCGAGCAGCUGGCCAUGGCCAAGGACCUGAUGCAACGGCGCAGUCUCAGGCUAGAGGAAACGGAGUCCGAGAUGGCAUCGAUGACGGAAUCGGCGAUGACCAGUGCCCGCAGCUUGGGUGGAGGAAGACCACCGAUUAGGAUGCGCAUGCAGCGCUCCCAAGAGGCCCUAAUAACCACGCGACCUUCCAAGUUGAUCCGCCCCAAGUGCCGGUGUCCUUUGGAGUCGGAACUGCUUGACCAGGAGCAGGAAAUGCAGAUGGAUCAGCAGUUGGCUCAGAAGCUGGGCCAGGAUCUGGAACCGAACUUAGGUAUGGGCAUGGGACUCGAUGAGGACUACCUCGUAGACGAAUGCGGCCAGGGAGAUGGACUCAUGAGGCAUCCACAACAGCGCAGACCCGCGGAAUUCAAAAGACGUGCGGCCAGCGGCACUCCCAGCAGCUUCAACAGCGAUGGAUGCGAGUAUCCAAUCAAUGUGUCCCGUUCACGCUGCUCCAAUGACAAGGUCAACUACAAAAACCUUGGCCGCAAGAGCUUUAGUUUUACGAAUCCCCAAGUGCGUGAGAUCGAGCGCCAGAAUCAAAUCCUACUCCGAAAGAUGAUGACUGUGAAGCCCACGGCCACGAUAAAGGCAAGCACCAGUAGCCUUAAGAUCGGCGGUCCUGAGAAGCGUCAGCCACCGCCGGCAGCACGUCUCUCCAGUGCUGCCGUCAACCGGAAGAAGUUCCAGCGCCAGAUCGAUCUGGAUAACGAUCUGCUCAAGCGGAAACUGGAGGCCAUCGGCACCCGGCGACCGCAAUUCAAAUGACGCCUCCACGGGCAGCUCCAACUGUGUUCAUUAUGUGUUUAGAAGUGUUUAAUGCGAAUUUACAAAAUUAAAAUUUAUUGCAAGU